GCAGUGUCAAAGAGAACUGUCAUUCGUUAUCGUUUCUUCGGUGGGGUAUGUGCGCUAGACGUUCAGUGAAAUGUGCUUUAAAUUCGGUUAAAUCGUGAAUAAAUACCGAAAAUAAAUAAACAUUCCCUUUGUGAUAGUGCUAUUACACUUGUACUAUUUUUUAAAUAGUUCUGAAGCUUUCUUGAACGUUAUUUUCGGGAAAUGAUAUCUUUGUCGUCGAGGAGGUAUUUUUAAUUAAAAAUUGUGUUUAAAUUUUAACAAUAUGGGUAAACUGUUGAGCUUGUUGGCCCGCGAUGAUUCCAACUGUUGUUCUUCACCACGAUACGAUAUAUUCUUGGAUUUUGAGAACGCAGCACCCACUGAUACGGAGCGCGAUGUUUACGAAGAAGUUCAAAGAGUUCUCUUAGAUUCUGACAGAAUAUUAGAAGAAAUACAAUGUUAUAAGGGGGCAGGCAAAGAAAUACGAGAGGCUAUAGCAGAUCCUUCCACUAUUACACAGGAGCGAGCGUGGCGCGCCGUAAAACCUUUAGUCGACAAACUUCUUAGAUUCUACAAUCAUUCGCUUGAACUGCAAAAGGUUGUACCAAGACUUCUGGGAUCACUCGUGGGCGGUGGUAUGAGCCCCACUCAACAUUUGGAGCAGCAGCAAGCGCUGGUGAAACAGUUUGCGGAAAUCCUGGAAUUCGUUCUCAAAUUCGACGAACAUAAGAUGAAAACGCCAGCUAUCCAAAACGACUUCAGCUACUACAGGCGUAUAGUAUCUCGAGGUGGUCUGAUCAACGCGGAACUCCCCCCAGGCGAAGAACCGCACAUAGGCGCUGAAGUCGCGAACCGCAUGUCACUGUUCUACGCACAAGCGACGCCAAUGCUGAAAGUGCUGUCGGAAGCAACCAGCCAGUUCGUGAACGAUAACCAACAGGAUCUAGAGAAUACGACGGAGACAUUGAGCACUAUGGCCAAGGUCUGCUUGAGGAUGCUGGAAAAUCCCAAACUUGUAGCACAGUUCAGCCGCGAAGAAACGUCAUUGCUCGUCCUACGCGUUAUGGUCGGUUUGAUCAUUCUCUACGACUGGGUUCACCCGUCGGGGGCGUUCUGUCGUUCAUCCUCAGUCGACGUCAAGGGCUGCGUUAAAUUCCUCCAACAGCAGCCGCCGCCCAAAGCCGAGCCGCUGCUCAAUGCUCUCCGAUACACGACGAAACACCUCAACAGCCAAUCCACACCGAAGAAUAUACGGGCCCUGCUAGCCGCGUGAGGACAGCAUUCCAGCCUUGCAUGUUGUUGUGGGGAAUGAAGUGACAAUAAAUAUGGGGAUUUCUCGUUGGCAUUUGUUUUGCGUCGUCGAUGAUAGGUUGUGGCGUGAUCUACGGAUAUUGUUCAAUAUUGUUCAACAGAGUGUGAUAAGUUCCUCCGAAUGAGAGAUCAAACCACAACUUUUAUUCUAGUGAAAUAGGUUAAGAUGGAGAAUAUGUAUAAGGUGUGACGUUUUCCUAAGUUUCCUGUAUCAACGUGAUAUCGAAUAUUCCUCGUGCGUAAUUAGUUUGUUGAGCUAUAUUUAUUUUUGAUAUUUUUCACAACAGUUUUCCGAUUCCGGCAGCCCUAGAGCGUUCAAUGUAACUAUUGCCGGUGCGACACAUCGCUGCACGAACUAGUGACACCACUUAGAUGAAGCUUUAAAAGCAAAUAAUAUAUAUUUUUUGAGAAAUCGUUCCCUUACCCCACGCAAAUGCAAGGUUUCUAUACUUUGUCACAACUCUUACAGAAUUUAUGAUAUUCGCAAACUGUUAGAAUAAGAUGCUAGAUUAAAUUUAUCGGAAUAUUAUAAACAUAUUGUAAUAAGCGUAUUAAUUGAAACUUCUAAUUGGUUACCACAAAUAUUGUGCAAUACUAACAACCAGUGAGUUUUCCUUCGUGUAACUUAUGAGUAUAUUUACUGUUAUACGUGGAAAUAACAGUUAAAGAAUAAUAAACAAUUAUAGAAUGUAUUAAAUGAUAACGAUACACAUGUAAGGGUGGAAUAAAGUUAAAACUAGGAUCUACGAAGAAAAUAUUUUUGGUAACCCAACGAAUUAAUACUAACCUAUUUCUAAGGCGUCCAAAGAGGCAAGAACAAACUAGUUUGUCACAGAACAAACGUAAGGAAAUUGCACUAAUCAUAGUUACUAUUUGGAUAUAUUUAAAAUAUGAAGGAUAGAAAAUAAUAUGUGGUAUCGGAGCAGACUAGAGUUAUUAAAUCAAAGCUGCAUUUUAAUAUGAAGAUAUUGUCUAAAAAUGUAUUUAAUGGUACGCCUUAUGACUUCUGAUUUUAAAUUCAAUAAUUAAGGUACAUGUACACUGCCUCAAUGUUAUCAAGUGAUUUUUUUAUAUAAUAAUGUUUACUAGUUCAAUAUUAUUAUUUGAGAAAUUUUACAUCUGAUAUUUUACAUAAUAUUAUUGUUAACUACUUAUAAAACGCUGCGUACGCUCAAAUUAUUACCCGAUCCAAAAAUUGAUUGAAUAUAAAAAUAUAAAUAAAAUAAAUCGUCAUCAAAGAUCUAAGACUGUGUCAUAACAUGAAAGUUAUAAAAACAUUAGAAGUUUUUAAAAAAUGUUAAAGAACCAUUUUUUCCCAUUUAUGAUUUCGAAAUAGUUUGGCAUUCUAGUCUUCCAUUUAAAAAUAAUUUCAUAGGUACAAGUGAUUUUAAUUUAUACGAAUUUAUAUAACUAUUACAUACAAAUUCAAUUUUUGUUGUCACAGGGUAACGCACGAAAUAACAAUACCUACUUCCUAACAAAAAAUAAAUCGAGACAAACAUGAAAUACAGUUGUCUGUAUCGCAUUUAUAAAAUAUUCCUUCAAGCAUUUAGUAUUAAAACUUGUAUUGAAUAUAUAUUAAAUGGAUUUAGAACGUUAGUUAAUUGUAUUACUUGCACAAAUAGCACAUUAUUGUUAUUUAUUAGUGUAGUGAAUAUCUUGUUGAGAUGUUUUCGUAAUUAUUAUAGUUAUGUCCAAAUAUGCAACCCUUUACUUUAAGGAAUUGUACAAUCGUCACUGCCCAGUUGAUGAUAUUUUUGAGAUUUUUUCAAAGGCAAAUUGUAGUCGAAAUAAAUUACUUUAGUGUUAGAGGAGGGAAUUUUAUACAAACGAUGUAACUUGAUUACAAUUGCGUUAAAAAAUUUAUGUAAUCAAAUAUUGUGUGUAUAAAAUCGAUCUUCAUGAGAGACUCAAAAGUCCGGAAAUUAGAAAUAAAAUACUA